UGUUCUUCCUCUCAUGAAGUACUUUUCGUACUAUUUGAUGUUUAUCUUUCUGCAAAAGCCGCCAAAUUUCCCUCUCCAUUGAACAUAAAGCCGGUAAAUUUCCCAGUCGAAAAAGUACUGUGGCUAUUGUAUUUUGUUUUUCUUUUUCGUUCUUCGCUUCGUUUUCCCUGCAAAGUCUGAGGCGCAGCCUCAAAUGCUAAAAGUCGCGCUCUCUCGCUCAGACUCAAUCGGCUGCAUGGGCGCUUCUCUUUUGCGAAAAGCUCUUCCACUCACUUAGUGCCCAACGCGCAGUCGAAGCGAGCAGUCGCCGCCGCCGAUCUGUCGGAUAUGUCGUACAUAAUUUGUGUAGAAUUCCGGAGCAAUAUCAGAUGUUUUUCCCGGAAAAGUGCCUGAGAAACAAGGAUAAGAGGCGACACGGGACUUGCCGUCAGCGGCAAAAACCAAAGCAGACAAAUAAAUGAUCAAUGAUCCAGAAUCGGUGAUCAGUGAUCAAACAAAGGAAAUUCAAAGUCAAUUCAAUCCAGAGAAAUAAGUGCACAAUUUCUCUUGGAUACUGUGAAGGGAUCUGUGAUCUACGAUUUGUGAUCCGUGAUCUGUGAUCAGCAAUGUUCCUAGACCUAAACGGCUGAAUCCUUCAAGGUGGCAAUGGAAAUAAGUGUGUUCGGUCGGCCAAGGAAACUGUAUGCGAAGCAACUCACUUAGUGGAAGUCAAACGGAAAACAGUGACGAGAGAAGACAAAACGAGGAUCGAGCGAGAUAGAGAGAGAGCGAGAGAAAAAGGACACAAAAGACAAAGGAUCUGAGCAGAGUAGAGCAUAAACAAGAUUUGAUCUUGUUUUCUGUGCUCCUCUCCUUCUAUUUGUCUACGUGUUUGAGCGUGAGUGUGCGUGAGCGUGUAGCGUGUGUGAAGCAUGCGUGACGAGCUAAGAUAUGCCAAGCGGCAGCCAACUGAAAAUCCGAAUGCGCACAGCAGCAGCUUUGAACUGGACGAGCAUGAGCCGACGAUUAAGGUUUUGACAACAACCACAAGCAACACCAAUACCAGCACCAGCUACACUUGCACCCCCAGCAUCACCAGCAACACUAGCAUCACAGCGACGGCCACUGCAACGCAUAUCAAGGACGAAUCGGAUGGCGGCGAGCUAACGGAUACGCAGAGCACACACAGCAGCAGCUCAACGCCGACAACGGCGGAUGUGGCUGAUGUUGCUGCGGAUGCGGAUGCGGAUGGGGAUGGGGAUGGGGAUGAUACCAUCAGCUCGUUUUCACCUGUAGUCUAUGGCAGCGGUGCCGCGCAGCUGAUGAAACGGCAUGCAACAUCGCUCAAUCAACAGCAGCAGCCAGUGCAGCACCACGUCGAUGACAGCGCGCUAAGAGAUGCAGAUAAUGUGCCCACGUCAUCGCGCUAUGCGGCGCAUCCCAGCGCUGCAUUUGCGGAGACCACGGCACAGGGCGCCUCGCGUUCGAUUGGUGGCACACAUCGGCGCAACCUGUCAUCCGCCUCGUAUAUAUCGAUGAGAUCACAACAGUUGGGAGUAGCGGGCAGUGGAUCUGGAACGCCAACGGAUCGUCCGAAACGCAAUCGCUGCUUCGAAUGGAUACGCGUCGCUUGCAAAAUUUGCUGCUGCAAGAGUUCGGGCAUCGGCGAGCCGAGUGUACAUCAUGCGCUGAUUGUGAUAUUUUUAGAGUUCUUCGCCUGGGGUCUGUUAACCAUGCCCAUUAUAUCGACGCUCAAUCGUACAUUUCCGGAUCACACGUUCCUCAUGAAUGGCUUGGUGAUGGGCAUCAAGGGCAUACUGUCCUUUCUGUCGGCCCCCUUGAUAGGCGCUCUGUCCGAUAUCUGGGGUCGCAAGUUUUUCCUAUUAGUUACAGUAUUCUUCACCUGUAUGCCCAUACCGUUGAUGUGCAUAAAUACGUGGUGGUUCUUUGCCUUGAUCUCAAUUAGUGGCGCAUUCGCUGUCACCUUCUCGGUGGUGUUCGCCUAUGUGGCCGAUGUGACCACACCGGAGGAACGAUCCAAAGCCUAUGGCCUUGCCUCGGCCACAUUUGCAGCCAGUUUGGUGAUCUCGCCAGCGCUGGGAAAUGCUCUAAUGGAUAUGUAUGGAGAUACCUUAGUUGUAGCGCUGUCCACCGCUAUUGCGGUGCUGGAUGUAUUCUUUAUACUAGUCGCUGUGCCGGAGAGUCUGUCAGAGAAGAUGCGACCAGCUUCAUGGGGUGCGCCCAUCAGCUGGGAGCAGGCAGAUCCCUUUAUGGCAUUACGCAAGGUCGGCACUGACAAGACAGUCUUGAUGCUGUGUCUAACUGUGCUGCUCUCCUAUCUGCCGGAGGCUGGGGAGUACUCCUGCAUGUUUGUCUACCUCAAGCUGAAAAUGGGAUUCAACUAUGUGGAGGUGUCUAUUUUUAUAGCCGUUGUGGGCAUACUCAGCAUUACGGUGCAAGUGACGCUUGGAUCCUUUAUGAAAGUCUUUGGCGCUAAGCGCACGAUCAUUGUGGGCCUAGCCCUGGAGCUAAUUCAACUGCUGUGGUAUGGCUUAGGCAGUCAGAAGUGGAUGAUGUGGUCCGCAGGCGUGGUAGCUGCUUUAGGUUCUAUUACCUAUCCCGCAAUUAGCGCAUUUGUCUCGCUAUAUGCCUCGCCUGAAAGUCAAGGUGCCGUUCAGGGCAUGAUUACGGGCAUGCGCGGUCUAUGCAAUGGUCUGGGACCCGCUGUCUUUGGCGUUAUCUUCUAUCUGUUCAAUGUUGAUUUGAAUGCCGAUCAUGAAUCCAUUAUGAAUAACAGUCAUCCGACGAGCGUUGAGAAGAUCUCAAUGCAUGUGCCCGGACCACCAUUCGUUUUUGGAGCUCUGUGCGUCUUCUGUGCCAUUGUUGUGGCCGCAUUCAUACCCGAGGGCCAGCAGGCAGUGCUGGAAAAGAAACGUGCCUCGCUCGAUGUGCAGUAUGAGAUCGAGACGGGCCAUAAGGUGCCCAGCUCGUUGGCUCCGCUGAUACGCUCCGAUUCGCUGGCACAGCUGUAGUCGGUCACGCCCAUCGUCUUUACAUGCAUGAUACAUACAUGAUUUAUAGUAACUGUAACAAAUGCUGUAACUAGUGUCGCUUUAGUUUAACAAAACAUAACAAAAACCAACAACAACAAACAUUCAGUUAGAAUUUCGAUGCCUCUAAUUUUCCGAUAUUUUUCACAUUUCUUUUCGUGUGUGUAAUGUAGCAUUAAUGUCAUACUAAUUAGUUAAUUAAUUACUUAUGGGCUAUUUAUUUGAAAAGAUAACUCUGCGCUCCUUUUGCCACUGCGUGUGCUUGCCCCCAAAAGAAACAAGAAAGAAAGAAAUAAUAAUAAUCUUAAUAAUAAUAGUAUAAAGAAAAUGCCUGUGUUAAUUUUCGCAUUCAACUUUGUAACAUCACAGCGACAAUUUGUAUUGUAGGAACAGAAAAAGAAAAAUGAAAAACAAAAACAACUGCCAAAUACAAAAAAAUAAAAUAG